AUGAGACUAGUAAUAACCACCCGUGUUGGUCUUUUAAAAAAAUUUAUACAAAUAAUUAUGUCCAACAAUGAUAAGAGCAUAUAUUAUGCUGUCGUUCGCGGUGAUCAAACGGGCAUUUAUAAUACCUGGCAAGACUGCGAAAAUUUAAUUAAAGGUUAUAGUAAUGCUAAAUUUAGAAAAUUUUAUUCAUUUGCUGAAGCACAGGAAUUUUUAAAUUUUUGGAAAAAUUAUUCAUCACCUGCAACACCCAAAUACAAAAAAUAUGAGAAUUCUUUUAAAAACAAUACUUUUGUGCUAGGAAGUGAAAGUUCUCUAAAUAAUAAUACAGAAUCUAAAGCGAAUAAAUUAUUAGAAGCUUAUGUUUCACCUAUUAAUUGUUCCACACAAUUAAAGAAAUAUAAAAGUACUAAUUUAAAUGAGAAACAGAUAAAAACAGAGAAAGAUGUUGAUAUUAUUCCCAGUGAAGAACAAAAUGAAAUGCUUAACUUUUGUGAAAUCAUAUGUAAAACAGAACCGAUUAGUUGUCAGAUUAUUUCAGAUGAAAAUCAGAGUAAUUUAGAAGCAUCGAUAGGCAAUCAAAGUAAUAAUAAAUUAGUAUCAAGAUCUUUUACAGAAAAAAACAAUAAACCCUUAUUAGAUUGUUGUGAUUCACCUAAUGUCGUUGAAAAAUACUCAAAUUCAGUAGUGAAUGCAUUAGUUAAUUCAAAUAAUAGUAACGAUAAUGAAGAUGUGAUAUUUUUUGAAAGAAUAAUAAAAAAUAACGAUACAAUUAUCAAUUCUACAAAUUGUAAUCAAAUUGAAAAAGAAAUGAAUAAUUCAGGAUAUAAAUAUAAAGAAUGUUUAAAACUGCUCAAAUCUGCUUUAGAUUUAUCAAUGGCCAAUAAAGCGAAUAUUUCAGAAAAAAUAAAUAAAUUUACCCAAGCUUUAAUUAAAGAAUUAUUAACAUUGAUUAAUAGUAAUGUUAACUCUCAGAUUGUACAAGAAAAUGAUGAAAGUAGAAAUUCUCUUGAUGUGAGGCUGAGUGAGAAUUGCACAAAUGAUUCGACAGAUGUAUUAGAGACAUCAUCUUCAAGUCAAUCUCGACCGCAACAAUCAUUUGUCAAUAAUUCUGAAAAUUCAAAAAUUUCUCCUAACAAAGAAGAGUCCAGGGAGAAAUUAGAAGUGAAAAAUAUUGAUAUGGUCGCAUUAAACGUUAGAUUGGAUUCAUUCGACAGAAGAUUUGAUGCUUGUUUAAAAGAUAUCGGUGGCAUCAUGUCAGAACUUCAUAAUAUAAAAUCGGAUAUAAGUGAUAUAAAAAACUUACUCACAUCUGAAUUGAAUUUAAGAAUGCCAAAAACGACAAGAGGAGGAACAUUACAAUCAGCUUUUAAUUUAAAUCAAAAAUUAAAUAAUAGUAGUUCAUCUCAUGAUUACAACACUUUGAAUUCAUCUUUUCAAACAUCUUCAUCUCGAUUUUAUUCGAAAAAUUUAAGAGACGAUAAUUCGGAUUCGGAUGUUAAAAAAACAAAACGACUAAAGAGAAAAUUAUCACGAUCAGAUUCAAAUCCUUCAUCAGGUUCUGAAAGUAACAAAGAAAAAGACGAACUUGAUAUUUCAUCGAUAAAAACGGAAGCAGUAGAUUAUACAUCUUUCAGCGUAGAUAAAAAUGAAUACGUUCAAGUUUAUACAGAUGGAACUUGUCUUAACAAUGGGAAAAAAGAAGCAAGAGCCGGAAUAGGAAUUUGGUUCGGUGACAGUCAUCCAUUGAAUGUGUCAGAGCCACUCGUCGGUUCUCCAACAAAUAAUUGUGCAGAAAUUCAAGCAGCUAGAGUAGCAAUGGAAUUAGCCAUUAAAGCUGGUAUAAAAAAAUUAAAAAUAUUUACGGAUUCGUCAUUUUUAAUAAAUUGCGCCACGAAAUGGAUUCGACGAUGGAAAAAAAACGGUUGGACGUUAGUGGAUGGUGGAAAAGUUAAAAAUAGAGAAGAACUUGAAAAAUUAGAUUUAGUCGCGCAAAAAUUAAAAGUUAAAUGGGAAAAAGUAGAAGGACAUUCUGGAAUAAAGGGUAAUGAAAUGGCGGAUCGAUUAGCUAAUGCCGGAGCAUUGAAAUUUAAAAAAAGUAUUGUUGGUAAAAAAAAACAAGAAUCUAAUCAGUAA